GUCAAGCAGGAAAAGGUUCAGCGCGCGUUCCGGUCCCUGAAAACUACUCCGCAGACCACCAUCGAGCUCGACUCCCCGUCUCCCAAGAACACUCGCGCUUCGCCGUCCUCUACGUUGCCCCCACCGAAGCGCGUCAAGGGCCCAUUGAAUCCUGAUCUUCCGGGUCUUGUUUCUGGUCCAGAUUCGGGUGAUGAAGACGUUCUGCCCCAGAUCGGCCAUCGACCUGAUGAACUGGAGGCAGAACUCGAGAGACUCAUGGAUGAGCAGGAUCAGGAAGGUGAUGCCAUGGAUGCGGAUGACUGCCAG